ACAUUUUCAUUACCUGAUUAUAUUAUUUUCAAGCGAGAUCGAAAUUUAGUGCAUACAGACACUGGACGUUUCGUGCAAGGUGGGGGAUGUUAUUUAGAUGUUAAACUCACGAGUGGCUCACACCUUUUAUUAUCUUGUGUCUGCCGGCGUCCCAAUGGUCACACGCUUUUUAACUUCUUUAAUGUAUACUCCAAGUAUUCAUCUAGUUCUAAAAAUUCUAUUAUCGCAGGAGAUUUAAAUCGUAAUUUGUUAGAAUCGACUUGGGCAUCUAAUCAUUUCAAUUCAUUGAUUUUCGUAUCUGCAUUACAUUGCGUUCCUUUUAAGGAAUGGAUCAAAAAAUUUCUGGUUUUAGGCUUAGAAAAAUUAGACUUAGAAUCCAAACUAGGUACCUUUUUCAAAUCAGAUUCGCCUUUCAUAUCAGGUCACGAUUUUCUAUUUUGUGAAUAUUUAGUAUAUUUGUCAAAACCUUCGGAUAAAACAAUUAUUUAUAGAAAUUUUAAAAAUUGUGAUCACACUGUACUAUCUGAUUCAUUAUUGAAAAUAUUCAAUAUUAAUGAUAAUGAUACUAUGAAAAACUUCAACCCUAAUGACUUACUAACAUUUUUUCUGAGUAAUGUGAUAGAGUUAGUUGAUGAACAUGCCCCAUUCAUUAUACGCGAAAAAUUACAAAUAAUUCUAAUAUCUGGAUUACCAAAGAAUUUGAAUCUAAAUAUCGCGAGCGAGAUUUGUUGUACAAAAGAGCGAAAAGAACUAAGAAUA